CGAGGGUCAAAGUUGAGAUGUCAAGUACCGGAUGUUACAUAGUUUCGAGAGUUUAGCGUCGUGUGUGGCAAAAAUCUUCUAGAUUAGCGUUUAGAUAUCGCCUUAGACACUUACAUGUAGCUUUACAAACAAGCUACAAUGAAGACAUGGUUGUGGCAAAGUGAAUUGUAAAAAGCCACUAGCUAUGGGCAGUAUGCCAGCCAGCCUGCUACAGUGCCAGGUGCUAGUGCUGAUACUUGCCAGUCUAGCAGGAUCGGACUGCCCAAGCCUGGGUCCUAUACAGCAGAUAACCUGCGGGGAUGGUACAUGCACGCUACUGGAGUGGGUGUGUAAUGGAGUAGAGGACUGUGGGGAUGGUACAGAUGAGACAGCUGCUACCUGCCAAGGAGAAAAUCCGUGUUUAAGCCAUCCUUGUCUGUACGGAGGGACAUGUGAGGCACACAACAGGACAGACUUGCAACUCGCGUUCUACACCUGUACCUGUCCUCCGCUCUACACAGGUGACAACUGUGGUACCAUCAUCCGGGACACCAACAUCACCAGGCGUUGUCAUCCACAGCCAUGUUACAAUGGUGGCACCUGCCAUGAGGAGGCAGAUGGCUUCAGCUGCAGCUGUCCAGCAGGUGUUACAGGUGCCCUGUGUGAGACUGACGUAGAUGAGUGUGACUAUGACUCUCAGCUGUGCAGGCCUGGUGGUGUCUGUAUCAACCUCUAUAACAACUACAGCUGUGCGUGCCAUCCUGGCUUCAGUGGGCCUCUCUGCCAAACAUACAACCCCUGUACAAGUCACCCCUGCAAACAUGGUGGUCAAUGCAGCGUAGACCAAAACAUGUUCCAGUGCCAGUGUCCAGCUGGGUACCAGGGCAGACUGUGUGAGGUGGAGGUUGUAGCUUGUAGCAGCGCCCCCUGUCAGCAUGGUGGGACCUGCACCGACACACAGGAUGGUUUCAGCUGUAUCUGCCCACCUGGUCAAACAGGCAGGACAUGUGCAGACCAGGUUGACUCGUGUGCAUCUGAACCAUGUACAAAUGGAGGCACCUGUUUGGGAGGCUGGGGAAACUUUACCUGCCUCUGUACCCCGGAAUACGCAGGACUACAGUGUGAGAGGCCACAGCUGUGCUCAUAUCGGCACUGUGUGGAUGGAGUAAACUCGUACAGCUGUGUAUGUGAUGUUGGCUACCAGGGACAGCACUGUCAGGAACAGCUUCAGCUGUGUCAGCCAAACCCCUGCAGAAAUCACGGCUUCUGCUGUGCCUAUGGCCAACCAUGUGGACAGCAUUUACAACCUGGAGAGAGAGAGUGUUACUGCGCCAAUGGCUACACAGGACAGUUUUGUCAGGUGGAGCUUGAUGAAUGCAGCCAGCCUGAUGUGGACCCUCCCUGUCUGAAUGGUGGUUUGUGUGUGGAUGCUAUAGGUGACUACAGCUGCCUGUGUGCAGCAGGUUACACAGGUGCCAGGUGCGAGGUAGCUGCCCCAUGUGCCAUGCAGCCGUGCGGAACAGGACAGUGUGUGGAGACAUCAGGAGCAACCUACUCCUGCGCCUGUCCCCCUCACCUCACGGGACAACACUGUCAAACACUGCUCCAUCCAUGUAACAGAACUGACACACCUUGUGGACAGAAUGGGCAGUGUCAUUCCGAUGGACAGUCCUUUAUGUGUGUUUGUUUAGCUGGGUAUACAGGACAAUACUGCGAUGUACCCAUGUCUACAGUAACGCCAUCUACCAGCACUACGUCUUGGAUACAGGAAACGACUGUUUUAUCAAGUACCUCAGUUCCUGUGCAGACAUCUGCACCCACACAGAUGGUGUCCGAGGCACCAACACAGAUGGUAUCUACAGCAUCAACACAGAUGGUGUCUACAGCAUCAACAGAAAUGAUAUCUGCAGCACCAACGCAGAUGGUAUCUACAGCAUCAACAGAGAUGAUAUCUGCAGCACCAACGCAGAUGGUAUCUAUAGCAUCAACAGAGACGAUAUCUGCAGCACCAACACAGAUGGUAUCUACAGCAUCAACAGAGACGAUAUCUGCAGCACCAACACAGAUGGUAUCUACAGCAUCAACAGAGACGAUAUCUGCAGCACCAACACAGAUGGUAUCUGCAUCAUCAACAGAGACAGCAUCUGUGGCACCAACGCAGAUGGCAUCUGAUGCACCAACGCAGAUGGCAUCUGAUGCACCAACACAGAUGGCAUCCACGGCACCAACACAGAUGAUGUCCACGGCAACAACACAGACAAUUUCUACAGCACCGCCCUCACCAUGUGACAGCAAUCCCUGUCAGAAUGGUGGCAGUUGUGAUGUUGACAGCCUGGGCUGGUUCUGUACAUGCAUAGAUGAUUGGCUGGGACAGAUGUGUGAGCUGGACCCCUUUGUGUGUAUACCAGACCCGUGCGUACAAGGCUUCUGCUUCCCUCUGAACGGAGCUGCGUUCUGUGACUGUUUCCACGGCUUUACGGGGACCUGGUGCGAGGUCGCUAUCGUUGACUGCGACCCCGACCCCUGUGUUUUUGGUCGGUGUUCCGUAGGUGAACAGGGGUUUUACCAGUGUGAGUGUGAGCCGGGCUAUGGUGGUGUAAACUGUUCAGAAACUGUUUCUGUGUGUGCCAGCCAGCCAUGUCUGAACGGAGGCACUUGUGUGGAGGACAACAAUGCAAGCUUCAACUGUUCAUGUGCUGAUGGUUUUAUCGGGGAUGUAUGUGAGGUUGAGGACAGGUGUGCCCAGCAGAGAUGCCGCAAUGGCGGAACUUGCAUCAUGUCUGGGGUAGAUUUCAGGUGUGAUUGUCCAUCUGGUUACUAUGGAGAUGAGUGUGAGCAGGUGGACUGGUGUGCUGACCACCCCUGUCAGAACAAUGGGACGUGCUCAUUGCAAACCAGUCCAGACAGUUCCCUACCCUACUCCUGUCUCUGUCUACCACAGUACUUUGGAGCCCACUGUGAGUUGAGGGAUGCCUGUACUGGUGUACCCUGUGGGAAUGGGACCUGCGUUAGUCUUAACAACAGUACCAGCCAGCCUGAGUACCGGUGUCAGUGUCAGCCAGGAUAUUCAGGAGAUAGCUGUAACAUCAGUGCAUGUGAUGGAAACAGAUGUCAACACAACGGUCGCUGUCUGCUGAAUGAAGAUGGCCAGGCCAGAUGUUUAUGUAGGCACAACUACACAGGAAACGACUGUUCACAAGACCAGUUCAUCUCUGUGGCACAGUUCCAUGGGCAGAGCUACCUGCAGUACCCCCAGGAGCUAGCAGUUGUAUCCAGUAGAGAGACCAGACUUGCUAUGGUGGUGAAAACAACUCAGGAGAACUGUUUACUGGUCUGGUUGGGAGACCCUCAGGGUUUUGGAGACUUCCUGUCCUUGGGGAUCUACCAGGGUCAGUUUGAGUUCAGGUUCAAUCUCGGAGACGGUAUUGCAGAAAUUACCGCAUCCACUGUUACCAUCAACAAUGGACAAUAUUGGCGGAUCUUCCUCGACAGGAGUGACAGAGAAGGUGAAAUGACAGUAACAUCCCUUGAUGGGACACACCUGGUCUUCACUUCUAUGUCACCAGGGGGCGCUAUUGGCCUGAAUGCUGUCAACAACAAUCUUUAUGUUGGUGGCCAUCCUAGCGCAGCUACGCAGGUGUCUGCUGGGCGCUACACCUCAGGACUGGUGGGGUGUGUAGCAUCGCUAGAGUUUCCUAACGGUGGAACGGACUUCGACUUACAGCUAAGCGCUACAGAUGGUCUGGAUAUCAGCAACUGUCCAGUCUGACACUCAGUAGUGAACAUCUUAUAGACUACUAGAAAUGCUUUUUCUUAUUUCUCUUCUUUUACAUAAAAAAGUCACCUCUCAAGUAACAAAAUUACUUACUCGUUUGUCAUUGGGGUAAGCAAAUUUUUCAGUGCUUAAUUUUAUGCAGUGAGUUUUGUUUUCUUAUGUUUCUUUCUUUCUUCGGUAUUGCAUUACAAUGUUCUUUCUUCUAGAAUAUUAUUCUUGAAGUACAAGCUUGUGGUAGAAUUUUUCCCAAUGUGAUGUUGCAUUAUGAUUCAAGAUCUUGAAUGUCUUAGGCUGCUCAAGAAAGGAUGCUCUGACACCAAGAAUAUUUUUCUUAUAAUAUUAAGAGAAUUUAGCAUUAAAAACGAAAGUUUGUAGUAAUAAUUUAAUAUUAGUUCCUAGUAAUUCUUGUUUCUUAUAAGAUCCAUGCUUUUCAGCCAUGACUACCAUUCUUCCCAAAUUACUAAAAUUUUGGUUGCCUACAGCCAGUCAUCUAUUGUAACAUGGCAACAUUCUGUCAGUAAAGAGUGAAAAAAAAGAUGGGCACAGAUAAACAGUUUUCAAAAUAGAAACCAAAAACAUAUUGUCACAGACAACAGAUCUUUAAUUCUGCAGUCCUAUCUGUGAUAGGAUGUUGAUAAUUCAAAGUGCAAUUGAGAACCAAUGUUGCUAAUUUAUUGUUUUAUCUUACCUUGUUGAUUAUACACAUAUCAGGCUGUAAUUAGCAUAUUUUAAUCUAAAAUAUGAUAUUCUCUAUCAAAAUUGUAUUGUAUAUACUUGUGUGAAAGUAGUUUUCUUUGGCAGGAUUUAAUAUUUACAUUUCAUAAUAAAUUAUGUAAAUGACUGCCAAAUUACAUAAAUACAUUCUAUUCUUAAAUGUCGUGAUGAAAACAAUAUUAUUAUGUAUGCAUAUCAAGCCCUAAUCUGUUUAACUUAUUGUGAAUAUCUCAAUGUAAGCUACCCCGUUUUAGUUAUUCACUAUGAAAAGUUUUUAACAAAAAUGCCUGGUCUGUAGUUUCAGCUAACGAAGCUACUGUGAAUGAAUAACUGUUAGACAAAAUGAUAGAAAUCACGAUUUUAAUUUACGUAAUUCUUGUCAGUAAUUUACAUCUGCUGGGGAAAGUUUCAUACACAGUUUAAUUUAUGUUGAUUCAUGAUUUACUUGAUGUCAGGUCAAUGUCUAUUUUCCGUCCAGAAAUACAAUAAAGAGUUUCCAUGUA